AUGCCCGAGGCGAGCGAAGACGAGGGCUACAAUGAGUUGCUCAUACAGUGGCUCACUGACCUGAGGAUGGGCGCCAAGCGGAACAAUUCAAAGGCAGAGUUUACCUAUCUGAAGGCACUCAAGUCAGUGAAGGAGUACAAGGCGCCACUUCGCUCGGGCGCCGACUGCCGCAAACUGAAGGGCUUCGGCGAGAAGAUCUGCGCAAUGAUCGACAAAAAGCUCAAGGAGCACCUUGGCGACGCUUACGUUCCACCGCAGCCUGAACCGGCGGCGGCGCCAAAACGUGCCAACAAGAACAAAAACACAGCUCAACCAGAUCAGCCUGAACAGCAGCAGAUUUCCUCACUAUUUAGCAAUGUUCGAAAACGAGUUCCAAACGCCGCCUCGCCCGGCAUCGCCAGUCCAAUGCACAAGAUCAGCCGACGAGCCGCGGCGGCGGCUGUUCCGCAGCGAAAUCGAAAGUACAUCCCCGCCCAGGGCUCCAGCGGCUUUGCCAUCCUCGUGGCCCUUCUUCGCUUCGAGCUGGAGCGCGGCCAGCAGCUGGUGAACAAGUACGACCUGCAGGAGAUGGCGCAACGGUACUGUACGACGAACCUAGGUGCCACAGCGGGCGGCGGCGGCGCCAGUUCAAUGCACCGCUUCGCCGGCUGGGCCUCGGUGAAGACGCUGCUGGCGAGGUCGCUGGUGGAGCGCACCGACGCCCGAAACUCCUACUUCUACCUGACGGGGAGGGGGCGGCGGCUGGCGCGGAACCUCGCCAAGUGCUGCUCCAUGCUCAGAGAUUUUGCUGAAAAAUACCUGCUCCACGAGCCACAAGACGAUCUGAGCAGCGAUUCUGGUGGUGAUGAUGGAGUGGUCGACCUUUCCGACGAUGAGGCAGGAAGCAGUGCUCCCAAAACGACGACGACAACAACAGCAAAGACGACCUCUUUCAGUGGUCAGCCCGCCUAUCGGCCUUUCAUCUUUCAACCCGGAGAUUACGAAGUGAUCCUGUGCAUUGACACUCGCGAGCGAAUCGCCACCAACUUCUGCUCUGACAAGAACGCCGCUUUUGCCGCCGCCCUGCAGAAGCAGGACGUUCGCGUGGAGAUCCGCACACUGCCGCUGGGAGACUUUGUGUGGAUUGCUCGGGAGAAAGCGAAGAAUGGAUCAUCUUCAACGACGACCUCAAUUGACGGCGGCCACUCUCGUACAUUCACUUCGAUGACCCUGGAGAUCAACUCGUCAUCAUCGGCACCUUCCACCGCCUCAAACCAGUGCUCAGACAUUCGCCGUGAACUAGUCCUCGACUGGAUCAUCGAGCGGAAGCGCAUCGACGAUCUUGCCGCCAGCAUCAAGGACCGCCGCUGGGACGAGCAGAAGUUUCGCCUGCUGGAGAGCGGCAUCCGUCGGCCCACCUACCUCAUCGAGUACAUGGGCAAGAGCUCGCGGCGGGCGGAGCACGGCGGCCUGCAGCCUGAAGCGCUGGAGCAGGCGAUGACCAACUGCGAGGUGGACGGCUUCGACGUGCGCCGCACCGACUGCUUCGAGGACACCGUCCGCUACCUCACCUACAUGAGUCGGUGGAUUGAGCGCCGCUUCGCCACUCUGGCCAUCAUGUCCAGCGCGAACAAGGAGGCGCUGGCGAGGACGGUGCCCGCCGACCACCACUACCUGCCCUUCAACGAGUGGGCCAUCAACAGCGGCAAGGUGGCGGUGUACACUGCCGGCGAGAUGUUCAUCAAGCAGCUGCUGCAGGUGAAGGGCGUCUCGGUGGCGAAGGCAAGGGCCAUCGUUCGCCGCUAUCCGACGCUGCGGGCGCUGAUGGAGGCGUAUGACCGCCAGGCGGAUCGCUACUCAAAGCACAACCUACUCACUGAUCUGGUGCCCGAGUCGGGUCCUGCUGUAGGUGGUGGUGGUUGUGCUGAUGAUGGGGGUGGUGAGAAGAGGCGUCGCUUUGGCCAGGUGAUCAGUCGCAAGGUCUACGAGUACUACGGCACAGACCAGUGA